AUGAGCAGCGCCCCCCGCGUGAGGCGGGCCCCACGCCCCUUCCCCGCGCCCAGCCAGCCCCACGGCCCCGGGUUCCAGGGAGGGCGCACCCCGGACCCAGCUGCUCGUCCCUUCCGGAACCCGUUACCCGCCGGCCUCGCCCCUCCGUCUGCUCCCCCACCCUGCCCCGCCGGCUCAGUUGACCGCCUCCCGGACCCGUUAUCUGGCCGCCCCGGGCCCGUUAUCCGCCCUCGCUCUGGGUCCGAUCCCUCCGGCUCGUUCCGGGGCUGCCGCCGCCCCCUCCGUUGCUCCCCCGGCGGGCGAUCCAGGGCCGCGCGCUGGGCAGGGCCGGAGCCGCCUCCGAGCCGCUUCUCAGGCCGGGACGGCCGCGGGAGGAGGUCCCGCUGUCAGUCAGCGGGGAAGGCCGGGCCGGCCGGAGGGGGCGGCGCCGAGGACGGGCUCAGGCCGGGAGCUGGGAGGCGGAGGCGGAGGGGGCGGGGGCGNUACACCAAGGCCGUGUACCGGGUCCGCCUGCCUGGCGGCGCGGCGGUGGCGCUCAAGGCGGUGGACUUCAGCGGCCACGAUCUGGGCAGCUGCGUGCGCGAGUUCGGGGCGCGGAGGGGCUGCUAUCGACUGGCGGCCCAUAAGCUGCUCAAAGAGAUGGUGCUGCUGGAGCGACUGCGGCACCCCAACGUGCUGCAGCUCUAUGGCUACUGCUACCAGGACAGUGAGGACAUCCCAGACACGCUGACCACCAUCACGGAGCUGGGCGCCCCUGUGGAGAUGAUCCAGCUGCUGCAGACCUCCUGGGAGGAUCGCUUCCGAAUCUGCCUGAGCCUGGGCCGCCUCCUCCACCACCUGGCCCACUCCCCGCUGGGCUCGGUCACCCUGCUGGACUUCCGCCCCCGACAGUUUGUGCUGGUGGACGGGGAGCUGAAGGUGACAGAUCUGGACGAUGCUCGUGUGGAGGAGACGCCGUGCACAGGCAACGCCGACUGCACACUCGAGUUCCCAGCCAGGAACUUCACCCUGCCGUGCUCUGCGCAGGGCUGGUGCGAGGCCAUGAAUGAGAAACGCAACCUCUACAACGCCUACAGGUUUUUCUUCACAUACCUCCUGCCCCACAGUGCCCCGCCUUCACUCCGGCCCCUGCUGGACAGCAUCGUCAACGCCACAGGAGAGCUCAGCUGGGGGGUGGACGAGACCCUGGCCCAGCUGGAGAAGGUGCUCCACCUGUACCGGAGCGGGCAGUAUCUGCAGAACUCCACCGCGGGCAGCCAAGCCGAGUACCAGCGCCUCCCCGACAGUACUAUCUCCCAGGAGGACUACCGAUGCUGGCCGUCCUACCACCACGGAGGCUGCCUCCUCUCAGUAUUCAACCUGGCCGAGGCCGUGGACAUCUGUGAGAACCACGCCCAGUGCCAGGCCUUUGUGGUCACCAACCAGACCACCUGGACAGGUCGGCAACUGGUCUUUUUCAAGACAGGAUGGAGCCACGUGGUCCCUGAUCCCAGCAAGACCACAUAUGUGAGGGUCUCUGGCUGAGCCAUCGGCAGGCUCCGCUGACCAUCCCCGCCAGCUGGGCUUGCCCGUGACUUGCCCUAGCAGCACUGCAUGUCACGUGGGCACCCCUGCAGACCAAGCUGACAGCCCAGACAGACCGAGGUCACCAGGACAACGUGCAAUAAUGCCAAAUGUUAAAAAUGUGAGUUUACCAGUCUAGGUCUGGGGCUGCUGGCUCCAGGGCCAGGAAUCGGGGGGAGGGAGCCGACUGCCCCCCUCACCGUCUCGGCUGCCAGCGGGGCUCAGGCUGGUCUCCCCACUGGGGGCUCCGCCCCUCAAUGGGGACAGUUGCAUGGGCAGCCCCAUCACUGUGUUUGUAGUGUGAGAAUGUAGCCAUGGCCCAGCAGAGGCCGCGAGGGGACAAUCGGUCAUGGAGCGUUGUCUUAGCCAAGCUCCUGAGCGGAGACUUGAAGGGAUGCUCCAAGAUGUGGGAGACUCUGUGCCCCAGGGCGGCUGCCUCUGGGAACCCAACAGGGGGCGCCUGCAGCCAGCCCAGGGGCACAGACAGAGGAGCACACAGGUAUGAGCCAAGUCGUGGGUUGAGGAGCAGGUAGCAGUUUGAGCCAGGACCUGGGGCGGGGGUGGGGCCGGGGCCUUUCUGCCUCAUUUGCUUUCAGUGAAAGCCGCAAAGCAGCCAAAACCAGCCUCUCCCCCGUCCUGGAGUUUGUAUAUCCAGAAGCUUUUGUACUUCUUGUUCAUUAAAAUGUCUAUUUUUGUAAAAAAAAUAAAAUCGAUUAAUAAAAUGACAUUUCACGGCAA